AGUAUAUUAUAAAUUUUAACAAUGUCACUACGAGUGUUUCUUAUUUUGUUUUUAACGUUCUCUAAUGUUUUCAGUGCGAAAAUUUUGUGUGUUUUCUUCGUUCCCUCAAUAAGUCAUCAAAUGAUAUUCCAACCGAUUUGGAAGGAACUCUCUUUAAGGGGUCACAAGGUCACCGUUAUAACGCCGAAUACUCUUAACGAUCCAACGUUGACAAAUCUCACGGAAAUCGAUACUUCCACUACUUAUAAUUAUUUAAAAAAUAUUUCUUUACAUAAAUCGAUAUCUAAAGAUAAUUACCUAUUUUCUAAACUAUUAUUUAUGUUAAAUUUCGGUAUAAUUACUUUCGAAACAAUUUUGAGGUUAGAACCAGUACGUAAAUUAAUAAAUGACGACAAAAUCGAAUUUGAUUUGGUUAUUUUACAAAAUAUGAAUCAUUAUAGCGUAGCGCUUGGAUUUGUUGGAAAAUACAAAUGCAUUUCAAUAGGUAUAUCAUCGAUGGAAGUAUAUCUUCAUACCCACGACGCUUUCGGUAACCCCACCCAUCCUAUUACGUCACCGGAUAUGAUGCUAAACAUCCAUAGUGACGUAACUUUUAUAGAUAAAGUGAAUAGUUUGUUAUACAAUAUUUGGUACAGGGUUUUUUAUUAUUGGUACGUUCUUCCUGUGUCUGAUGAAAUAGCGAGAAAACAUUUCGGUAAUUUACCGUAUUUAGGUGACGUGGAAAAAAAUUUUAGUCUACUAAUGGUGAACGUAAAUCCUUUAAUACAUUCUAUACGGCCUAACGUACCUAAUAUAAUCGAGAUCAAUAUGAUGCAUAUAAAAAAGAAGAAACCCCUACCGCAGGAUAUUAAAGAAUUUAUGGAUAAUUCUACGAGGGGUGUCAUAUAUUUCAGUUUAGGAUCGAAUGUGAAAAGUGCUAGUUUAUCUACCGAGGUAAAAAAAGAAAUUAUAAGUUGUUUUAGAGAAUUACCUUAUGAGGUAUUAUGGAAAUACGAAGAAGAAGAUUUGUUAGAUAUACCGGGGAACGUUAUUAUUAGAAAAUGGUUUCCGCAACAAGAUAUUUUAGGUCAUCGAAAUGUGAGGUUAUUUAUAACUCAAGGUGGUUUGCAAUCGAUAGAAGAAGCCAUUUUUAACGAGGUACCUUUGAUAGGUAUACCUUUCAUAUUAGAUCAAUAUAAUAAUAUCGAUAAAAUCGAAAAAAUUGGAAUGGGGUUGAGAAUCGAUUAUGAGAAUAUCGUAAAGGAUGAUUUUAAGGCGGCCAUAAUCGAAGUAGCCGAACACGAUAAAUACAGAAUAGCGGUGCGUGAAGGAAAAUCGAUUAUAAUCGACCAACCAAUGGUAGGCGUGGAAAAAGCGAUUUGGUGGAUAGAAUACGUGCUGCGCCAUAAGGGGGCGAGGCAUCUACGAAGUGCUGCGGCCGGUAUGUCUUUUUUCGAAUAUUUCAUGAUGGACGUCAUCAUAUUUUUAUUAGGAAUUGUUUUUUUCAGUUUAUAUGUUGUGAAUAAAUUAAUAUGUUCGUUGAAAAAAAAUUGUAGACGUUUUUUUAAAAUAAAAGAGCAAUGAAAUUGUCGAUUUUGUGAUUAAAA